ACGUAAUGAAGAAAAUAGAGCAAGAUAAGGGAGGGUCUUACGUAAUCAGUAGAUUACACGUAAAACUUAUAAAAGUGUGUUCAAUUUCAGGACGAUAACAUUGUUUUUCUGACAGUUACACGGCGCACAGCGUAGCAAAUAAAACCCCCUUUUGUAAAAGAGUUUUUAUACCACAGCAUUUUUCAUAAAUACUAUGGCUACGCGUUGGGGAAUAGCAGGCUGUGGAAAAAUCUCUCAUGAUUUUGUAACAGCUUUGAAUGUACUGCCAAAAUCUGAACAUGUAGUUAUUGCAGUAGCAGCACAAGACCUUUCACGGGCUGAAAACUUUGCUGCAACACAUAAUGUUAAAAAAGCAUACGACAGUUACGAGAAGUUGGCAAAAGAUGAAGAAAUUGAUGUUGUAUAUGUUGGGACUAUACAUCCUACACAUUUAUCUGUUGCACAAUUAAUGUUAUCAAAUAAAAAACACGUUUUAUGUGAAAAACCUUUAACUCUGAAUUACAAACAAACAAGCCAAUUAAUUAAUACGGCAAAAAGCAAGAACCUGUUUUUGAUGGAAGCUAUUUGGAGUAGAUGCUUCCCUGCUUAUGAUAUCAUUAAGAAGGAGAUUGCUUCUGGAAGUAUCGGAGAAGUUUAUCAGGUUCUUGUAUCCUUCGGAUUCAACUUAUCAGGCGUUGAUAGACUCGAAUUAAAAAAGCUAGGAGGUGGUACAAUAUUAGACUUAGGCGUGUAUGGAAUACAGUUUGCUUGUCAUAUAUUUGAUCAUGAAGUACCACAAUCUGUCAAAGCUUCUGGUUGCCUCAACGAAGAAGGCGUCGAUAUUUCCGCAACGGCAAGUUUCCAUUACAAAGGAAAUCGUACUGCCACUAUGCUAUUCCAUUCGAAGGUUGAUCUGCCGAAUGAAGCUUACGUUCUGGGAACAAAGGGGAUGAUAAAAAUUCCGCAGUUUUGGAGCCCUUCAAAAUUGGAAUUGUCAAAUGGAAAAGUUGUGGACUUGCCACUACCGAAGACUAAUCUCAAAUUCAACUUUGUCAAUAGUGUUGGAUUGAGUUACGAGGCUGAUGAAGUUCGAAAAUGCAUUCUGAAAGAUAUGAUUGAAAGUCCAAAGGUUUCGCACGCUGCUUCUUUGCUAAUUGCACAGUUAGAGGACGAGAUUCGAAAACAAGUUGGUGUUGUAUACGAUGAUGACUAA